AUGGUCCGCAUAUCUAUCCCCAACCUCCCCAUCCGUCCCGCCGGCCCCCCGAAUGCCCUCACCCGCUUACCGUUGGCUGACCAAGCCAAGCACCUGGGCGAGUUUCUCGCCGACGGAAGGGGACAGACAUUGGUGAUUACCGGUGCUGGCGUGUCGGUCGAUUCGGGGAUCAGGGCAUAUAGAGGUAAAGAGGGUAGCUAUAGCAACCCGAAUUACCAGCCCAUCUUCUUCGGCCAGCUGGUGGAGGAUGCUCCACGCGGGCAGAUGUUUAGGAGAAGAUACUGGGCACGUUCGUUCCUCGGCUACCCGCCAGUGCGCGACGCGCAGCCCAACCCAAACCACAUCUACCUCGCCUCCCUCCAAGCCCUUGGCCUUGCGCCGCAUCUGAUCACUCAGAAUGUCGACAACCUCCAUCGCAAGGCGUUGGCCCGGGUCCAGGCUGCCGUGGCGCGGAACUCUCCUUCUGGAUCUUCAUCACCUACCUCGCCGUCACCCUUCCCCUCUUCCUCGGGCUCCGGUCCCACCGGCAGCCCAAGUUCUUCGACCUCGGCAACCCACAUUGGACCCCACUUGGAUCCCUCCGACCCUGUCCUUGAGCUCCACGGCACCCUCGCGCGAGUGCACUGCAUGGCGCACUAUCACGAACAGACACGUGAUGCCUGGCAAAUGCAGUUGGCAGAGGAGAACCCUGUGUGGGAUGAGACGGCCAAGAUGAUGGAGGAGACGGGACAGAAGCCACGCACCAACCCCGACGGUGACGUUGAGCUGCCAGGCGCCGACUAUACACAUUUCACUGUUCCAACGUGUGCAGAGUGCACAGCUUUGGGUGAGGACCACUCGGUCGUCAAGCCCAACGUCAUCUUCUUUGGCGAAACCCUACCUGUUGCCGUCAAGGAUCAGUCGUUCAACCUCGUGCACAAUGCUUCCCGCCUACUUGUCCUGGGCACUUCGUUGGCAACGUACUCUGCCUUCCGACUCAUCAAGGCUGCGCGCGAGGCCGGCAAACCCGUGUUGAUGAUCAGCCAAGGUCCAAGCCGGGCGGACGAUACCGAGGGCGUGGACAAGAUGGAUACUCGCGCCGGACCCGUGCUGCGUGCUUUCUUGGAUCAGUAUCUUGAGUCGCAUUCAGGACCCCAAGUCCAAGGCGUGCUCUCGGUUCUGGACAGUGGUAUCGUCAAGAGCCUGCCAGCCGACGACCCACGCGCCGUGUCACCGUCCUCUUAG